CGCAUUUAUUUUAUUUUCUCUGAAGGGCGCCAUUCCUAACACGUUUUUCGCUUUACCUUGGAGAACAGCUCCAUUGGGAGUUAUGGUACGAACUUUCAAAGUAUAGAGAUCCCUUAAGCCAUACUUGAGACGAUGGUAGUAAAACGAAUGAGCGGCAAGCUGCAGCCCGUUUCCACUUCACCCAAACUCGAGCACUCUUCGGCGCCCUUAUUAUCCCGCUUCGGAUUGCUCGGCAGGCCCAACGCCGCCUUCCACAAAACGAUCUUUUCCAGGACAGUUCAAACAGGCGACCAUGGGGCCGGCAACAGUGUUUUGCGGGGGGUGGCUCUGGACCCUGGGACAACCCGGCCUGAAGAGAUUCAAGAUGAUAGAUUCUCCGUGGUUUGAAGCCGCCGUUGAUUAUGUCUCAGCCCUACAUACCACAUGGCUCGCGUUGUACAUACUAGUACUUUACUACGACCGCCGAUCACAGUUUAGGAUCUUGGACGGUGGAGGUGGCAAGGGCUCGGACCACGGCGCAGCAACGGAGGAGCCAUUUGCGAAUGCGAACUGCUAUCUCUUGGCGGGCAGGAGUCGCAGGGCCUUCUGGCUCGUCCCGUCACACACGCCUAUCAUGUAGGUGGCCGGGUCCUGCGAACAAACAGAAGAAGGCCAGAUGAACUCGGCCGUUUGGUGGUCUGAUGGAAGGGUGCGGCGACUGCUGAUUGGGCUUCGCUGCAUGUGUUUCGGCAGGAUGCAACGACGGCUCACGGAAUGUCAGUGUGGGAGGACCCCUGUGCUUCGCUUCCCCCCUCUCCGCAGUUGCAACCAUGGGGCUGUUGUCAAAUCUCGCUCCCGCUGAGGGAAAGCAAUGCUGCUACGGAGGUGUUCCUUGUUCCGACUGUGUAAAUAGAAAUGGGGUAGCAGCAUGAUCUGCUUCUGAAAUUGAGCGUGACCUGGCAGAUGAACGGCCAUGACGAACUUUUCAGCAGGUUACACUGGUGUGAAGGGUUCGGAGAUGGUGAUGGUAGACCACGAACACUGAGCUUGAUAGGUAGUUAAUCGACAC